AAACAAAACACCGCUAUAACACCGCUAUUGUGGUUGUAGCUCUGUUUUAUUUUAAUUUAAUAAAUAGUCACUUCAUUUAAACGUAUUCGAUAGUGAUAAAGUGAAAAAUGAGCGGACCGAACGGAAUGUUGUACGGUGGUGAUGAGAUAGGGGCGUUGGUAUUCGAUCCCGGCCAUCAUUCCCUUAGAGUUGGUUAUGCUCAAGAGGACACUCCGAAAGCUGAUAUUCCAGCGGUUAUCGGAGUAGGACCAGCUACACACAUCCCCGACGCUGAAGAAAAAGUUCCUGAUGGAAACGUCACACAAAGCGGAACAAAAGCUGGUAAUGAAUUAAGACAUUAUAUAGACGUGACUGAACUACAUGUGGCUCGACCUGGCAUGGAAGUGCAGACAUACAUGAAAGAUGGACAAGUUGACAACUGGGACCUUUUUGAGAAGAUGCUUGAUUAUUGCUACGCUAAAGUCAUACGUUCUCCUUCUGAGCAUCACCCUGCAUUGUUCACUGAAGCGGUUUGGACCACCCGUCCCGCCCGCGAGAAACUGGCAGAACUUCUGUUCGAAAAGUAUCAGGCUCCAGCAUUUUUCCUAGUAAAGAAUGCGGUACUAGCAGCGUUCGCUAACGGCAAGUCGACUGCUUUGGUUGUGGAUGCUGGUGCUAGUCAAACCUCCGCCGUGCCCGUGAUAGAUGGAUACGCACUAGUGAGCGCUGCGGUAAGGUCACCUGUAGGCGGCGAUCACUUGGCCGCACAAGCUAAAGCUAUGUUAGGAUCUAUGCACAUACAGAUGUUACCCAUAUAUAGUAUACAAAGCAAGGAGGUGAUAAGAGAGAGGGAACGAGCCAGAUAUACUUUGAAGACAUUGCCAGCUGGACUGACACAUUCAUGGCAACAGUAUAUGCUGAAGAGACAAUAUGAAGACUUCUGUCAUUGUGUAGCUCAGGUAUCAGAGAGUGCGUACGAUGAACGCACGGCUGCUUCAGUGCCCGGUUUACAUUACGAAUUCCCCGGCGGAUAUCAUCAAGACUUCGGUCCAGAACGGUUUAAGCUGACGGAGUGUUUCUUCGAACAGAGCUUGGGAGCUCCCCAUCUUGUGUGCGCGGCGGCAUCGUCGUGUGACGCGGACGCGCGGCCCGCGCUGUGGGGCUCGGUGGUGGCGUGCGGGGGGGUCGCCAACACGCCCGGGUACCUCGACCGGCUCACCAAGGAGCUAGCCUCCCGCGCCCCCUCCUCCCACCGCCUCAAGAGCCACGCCGCCCCCUCGCCCGCUGAGAGAAGAUUCGCCGCUUGGAUAGGUGGUUCCAUUCUUGCAUCAAUAGGUUCCUUCCAGCAGAUGUGGAUAUCAUCACAGGAAUACGACGAGGGUGGUAAGGGGCAACUAGAGAGGAAAUGCCCGUAAUAGAAAAAAGAAAUUGCAUCAUGUGCCGGUUACGAAACAUUAGAUAUAAGAAUAAUAAGACAUAUGAUCUUCCAUCUCCUUUUUUAUGAAUUUAAGAUCUCCUUUUUAUAUUUCACCAUACAGCACUUCCCAGACUAAAUAAACAUAGGGUAGCACAAGUUGUUACAAGGUAACACAACAGAGGGUAGAAGGUUGCCAUCUUCUAAAAUAAAUAUGGCCGUGUGUAUUUUUUAAUUUUGAAAACAAGUUUUAUAAAAAGCUUUGCGUUCGUUCAUACAUUAACAAAGAGCUAAACAUGUUAAGUUUAGAUUGUCCUCUAGGCUGGCAACCCUAUCUGCGAUUGAAAUAAUAGAAAAAAUAAAAGAAAUACAAAUAGAAGCUGAAUGCUAUUU